GUCAAGUCAGUGUGGUGAAUGGUGGUAGUAAACAAACAGUUUCAGAACGUUAAGAUUAUUUUUGUGGUGUCUAAUUCAAUACUGAACUUGUCAGAGGUAUCCUAAUAUUCUACAAAUAAAAUUAAAUUUAUUUGGAAGAAAUAAUUCUGAAAUGACAGAUAGGAAGUUACCAAAUAUUUUAAUUACUGGAACUCCUGGAGUGGGGAAGUCUACCCUCUGCUAUGAGUUGGCAAAACAAACUAACUUUGAGUGGCUGGAAGUGGGGAAAAUAGCCAAAGAACACCAAUGUUAUGAGUCCUAUGAUGAUGAGUAUCAGUGCCCCAUAUUAGAUGAAGUUAAGUUGUUGGACGAACUGGAGGGACGAGUAGCAUCAGGGGGUAAAAUUGUUGACUAUCACAGCAGCGAGCUGUUCCCUGAACGCUGGUUUGAUGCAGUAUAUGUGCUACGAGCUGACACGAAAACACUUGAAACGCCACGCAUUCCUGAAGUAUCAAGGGACUGGGCAUCACUAUCUAACAACUCAUCUGCUAUGGUUGGAGAAGUUUUUUACAGAGGUUAUACCGGGAAAAAGUUUGACGACAAUAUCCAAUGUGAGAUCUUCCAAACGGCACUUGAAGAAGCACAAGAGGCAUACCGAGCAGAAAUAGUUCAUGAGCUACAAAGCAAUACUGACGAUGAUAUGUCUGCUAACCUGAGCACAAUCAAUAAUUGGAUACAGAAGUGGAAGCAAGAGCACCCAACUCAUUAAUACCAAAGAUUGAACUAUUCAUUGAAGAUUAUUAAAUUUAAAAAAUGGCAACAAAUAAUAUACUACUGCACCGCCAGGAGCUCACCAUAUCACAGCAAAUUGAAGAAUUAAAGAACUGGCACAGACAGCAACAGUUU